CGAAGCCCUUCUCCGGGACCUCAAAAUCCUGCGGGGCUGCUUCUUGUUCCUAGACGCAUGGACUAAACAUCGUUGGACGGGCAAGAUCGUUGGGGACUCAACACGAGAUGAGCUUACACACACGUGCUUUUACCCGACAUUCUCUGCUAGAUCUAUUAUGCAGGGAUAGCAUCCCAAGGAACUGGCCGACACUGAAAGGCCAAGCCAGAUCAACAAUCGUCUUGGCCAGACUAUAGGACUCUCCGCGUGGGCGACACAAUCAUGUGCUCAACUUUGUCCUGGACCUCGUCAAUGCUGAAGCUUCUGGCGUGUUCUGACGUAUAUGUUUCCAUGCUACCACCAGACUUCUAUCAGCCUUCGCACAAGGACAGGCAGCUGUACCGUACGCAGGCGUGUGUCCCAUUCGACCUAAAUCCUUAGAUUGGGGACAUGAGCAAGCGUAUAAAAGAUAGCUCGCCUUUCUCCAGACUCCCCAUCACCAAGAGCCCGCCUCUUCUGUAUCAUCCCAGCCUCCAACCAGCCCUCUGUCACCAUCGCGAUGUUCCCCUCCAAGGCCCUCCUCUCCCUCUGCAUUCUCGCGACCGCGGCCUCCGCCUCGCCUGUCAAGCGCGAGUCCAAAGCCUCGCUCUCCUUUGCCACCCGCUUCAAGCAGCUCGACAAGGGCCAGACUAUCGCCGAUAUUGACCGUGCCCGUGCUUCCUCCCUCAAGGCUUCCGGCCACGCCAAGCGCGACGGUACUGUCAGCAUCACGAAUGCCGUGGUCACAUAUACUGCCAGCGUUGGUGUCGGUUCGCCCGCUACCCAAUAUAACCUCUUGAUUGAUACUGGGUCGUCGAACACCUGGCUCGGAGCCGACACCGCGUACAGUCCUACGUCCUCCUCCUCGGACACCGGUAACACCGUCAGCGUCAGUUACGGAUCUGGCUCCUUCUCUGGAGAGGAGUACACCGACACCGUUACUCUCGGUGACGGUCUCGUCAUCAAGAAACAGUCCAUCGGUGUCUCUUCUUCCGCUCAGGGCUUCCAGGGCGUCGACGGGAUCCUCGGUAUUGGCCCCGUCGACCUCACCCAGGGCACCGUCUCCAGCACCGACUCCGUUCCCACUGUGACCGACAACCUCUACUCUCAGGGCACGAUCAGCACCGAGUCAAUCGGCAUCUAUUUCGCCCCUGCCGCGGGGGACGACUCGACCGGGGAGCUUAGUUUCGGCGGCCCCGACAGCUCCAAGACGACCUCGGACGUCGCCUACGUCCCGCUCACGUCCACAUCCCCCGCGUCGUACUACUGGGGCAUCGACCAGUCCAUCACCUACGGCUCGCAGACGAUCCUCGACUCGACCGCCGGCAUCGUCGACACCGGCACGACCCUUGUCCUCAUCGCGUCCGACGCGUUCCAGAAGUACCAGGAGGCGACGGGUGCGAAGGCUGACUCCGCCACCGGCCUGCUGAAAAUUACCAGCGCCCAGUACAGCAAACUCCAGGACCUCAACUUCAACAUUGGCGGCACAGAUUACCCGCUCACCGCGAACGCGCAGAUCUUCCCUCGCUCUCUGAACACCCAGAUCGGCGGCGACGCCAACUCGAUCUAUCUCAUCGUGGCCGACAUCGGAACCGAGUCUGGCCAGGGUCUCGACUUCAUCGACGGAUACUCGUUCCUCGAGCGCUACUACUCGGUCUACGAUACCACCAACUCCCAGUUCGGUAUCGCUAAGACCGCCAACACCGAUGCCACCUCCAAUUAGUUGUAUCGAUGUAAAUUCAUUUCUUUAUGGGACUUUGGUGGUCGUUUCAGCCUUGGUUAUCUGGGAGCUGCACAGUUGUACUACGGGUGUAGCAUUAACUGUAGCCAUUCCAAAACAAUGUUUGUGUUCAGCAUUCCCUUCUUGUCAAUGACAUGAGCAUCGAAC